AUGCCUCGUCCUCACUAUACGACCUUUUCCGCCUCCGACGGCGCCCUCCUAACCUUCAUAUCCUCCCUCCCCAUCACCUCCCCAGAUCCAAACUUCAUCCCUACUUCCCCCAUCCUGACCUUUUCCGGUCCGACGGGUACCAAGACUAGCGGCGCAGCUCCAACGGGCACCGUCGACAACAGCGCGAGCGGCAAAGCAGGUAAUCGUGCACGCAGCGCAUCCAAAGCCUCAGUCAUUGCCGGGGAGGGACCGAAUUAUUCGCGCUUGAUUUUGCUGUUGCAUGGGUUCUCUGGGUCAAGUGAGUACUUUGAUCGCAACUGGGAGGAGUUGAGUAAGAAUCAUUGGGUGGUGGCUUGGGAUAUGAGAGGGCAUGGGAGGAGUGGGUUGAGGAAGAGGAGACCCGGGGUUGAGUAUGACGCUGAGGAGGGGGGUGAUGAUGGGGAGGAGGAGGGUGAUGAGGAGGGGGAUGCUGAGAAGGCCAAUGAAAGAGAAAGAGAUCUAAACGCCGAACGAAAUGCGGGCAAGAGAGAUGAAGGAACUGAAGGCCAACCUAAAACAACGAAGGGUUCGGAAGGAGUCAAAGGAGGGAAGACUGGCCGCAACAACAACGACAAAAGAUACGACACUUACUCAGGCGGGUAUCACGUCGCCCGCCUUGCCACAGACCUUCACAACCUCCUCUCCUUCCUCAAAACCUCCCGCCUCUCCUCCUCGCCCUACAACCCCAACAACUCCAUCACCUCCCCGCAACCCCCCCUCGAAACCGUCGCCAUUGGGUGUUCCAUAGGCGCCGCAAUCCUCCAAAGCUACAUCGAACUCUUCACUGAUUCCGCCUUCAGCGGUCUAAUCUUCGUCGACCAAGCCCCCUCCAAGACCGUUCCCCCUUCGGUCUCGACGGUCCCUGGGACGCUAGCAAAGCUCAUAAAGGCUGCUAUGACGAGCGCACAAUGCUGGGCGCGCAGGCGGCAUGGAACCACCUCCCUUACUCAAAGGAACGGCACGAUACCCAUCUUGCGCUUGUCGACGAGUGCUUGGGUUACAGAUACCGCCCUCUCCCUACCGACAGAAUCACCGACGAACAAAAACAGCAGGACGAAGACUUUUUUACAAGAAUCUCAGCGCAGUGUCCCUCGGGGGAAUGGCUAG